UUUUUUUUUCUCCUUUCCUUCCAAGUUCCUUUGCAGAGAACGAUGGCUGAUGAGGGGAAAAACUUUAUUUCCACGGAAGCGUGUGAUGUGCUGGAAUCGGUUUCUUUUCUGAGUGUAGAGGGUAAACCUUCACCCUUGGAGUCAACAGUAUUGCCUCAUACAGAGGAGCAGCAGGUAUAUGAGCCUUUGAAAGUCUUCUUGAGAGUGAGGCCCUUUUCUAUAGCAGAGCUUGAAAGCCAUGACUCCCAGGGUUGUGUAACUAUUGAAGAUGCCCAGACAGUAAUUCUUAAUGCACCCAAAGAGUCUUCUGCAAUGAAAAACAGUGAAAGAGGGAUUGGUCAUGCUGUGCACAGCUUCACCUUUUCUCAGGUCUUUGGUCCAGAAACUACUCAGAGUGAAUUUUUUGAAGGCUCAGUGAAAGAUCUCGUGAGAGCAUAUGUUAAUGGAGUGAAUGGACUGGUGUUUACUUAUGGAGUUACAAAUGCAGGCAAGACAUUCACUAUCCAAGGGACUUCAAAAGAUCUUGGUAUUUUGCCUCGCUCACUUGAUGUGAUUUUUAACCACAUAAGAGGAAGACAUUACCUGAAGAUGAAUUUAAAACCAUAUUUGAGCAAUGAUGUUAAGAAACUAGAAGAUGAACAAGUUAAGCGAGAAGAAGCCUUAAAAACUGCUAUCCUUGCAUCACUGAAAGAGGUCAGUGACCAAAUGUGUUCACCAUAUUCCUUGGUGAACCUUGGAAUAAUAAGACAAUUGGCUGUUUUUGGAGCUUAGGGUAAACUGGAAGAACUUUCUGCAGCACACAGUUCCAAGGAGACAGAGAGCAUCUCAAAUACUGUAACAAAUUUCUGUGAUGAGAAGUUGGAUUCUUCCAACUGUACUUCAGACAAUCACCCUUCUAAUUCCCUAGGAGAGAAGAACUUUGUUCCACAUGACAUUCAUAGGACUAACACUCACCAAAGAACACAAGCAUCUGUGUGGAUUUCCUUCUGUGAAAUUUAUAAUGAGCAUGUGUACGACCUAUUGAAUAUUUUAUCUGCAUCAAAAACUCAAAGGCGCAGAGUUCUAAGAAUUUGUGAGGAUCAAGGAGGAAAUUGUUACAUUAAAGAUUUAAAGUGGAUUAAUGUUCAGAGCACUGAAGAAGCCUGCAGACUGCUAAAAAUAGGAAACAAGAACCGAAGCUUUGCCUGUACUAGAAUGAAUGAGCAAUCAAGUAGAAGCCACAGUAUAUUUUCCAUCAGGCUACUCAAGCUAACUGAUGAGCAUCAGCCUAGUGUUCUUGGAGUAUCUGAGUUGUCUUUCUGUGACUUGGCUGGUUCAGAGAGGUGUAAUAAAACACAUGUCUUUGGAGACAGACUAAAAGAAGCAGGAAAUAUUAAUAAUUCUCUUCACAUCCUUGGAAAGUGCAUUGCUGCAUUGAAGCAAAACCAAAACUCAAAGAUGAAGCCAAGCUAUAUUCCAUUCAGAGAGAGUAAAUUGACUCGUCUGUUUCAGCCAUUUUUUUGUGGGAAAGGCAAAGCUUGUAUGAUUGUAAACAUCAAUCAGCAUACUUCCACAUAUGAUGAAACACUGCAUGUGAUGAAAUUUUCAGCUAUAGCCAGACAGGUUAUCCAGACAAUCCUGCCCAAAAAUUUUGGUUAUUUUCCACCAAAGCCAGUUGGAGUUGAUGGCAAACCUGUCAUGCACUUUGAUGCUAAUACAUCUGUAGGUGACUUUGCUGACAGUACUGAAACCUCAGAAGAAGAGGAAGUGGACAUCACCAUUCUGAGUCAUGAGGACCUCCUGAAAGCUGCAGAGGAUUUAAAGGAGAAGUUAGUUGCAGAGAGGCAAAGCAAGCUCCUUCUGGAGGUGAAGAUACGUAAAGAGAUGGCAGAAGCAAUGUUUCGACAGCUGUUGGAAACAGAGGAAGCCUGGAGCAACCGCUUGGAAGAUAUGAAAGACAGUUAUGAGGAAAAACUCGAGAGCAAAUUUGAGAUGUAUAAAGAAGCCAUUAAGAAACAUGCAUAUAUGUGUGCAAUGGAACAAAUUGAAGACCAUUAUGUCCCCAUAGAAGAAUUUCUAGCUGAACAAGAGAAAGUUGAGGAUAGAGAGAGAAAAAUACUGCAAUUGGAAAGACAGCUUGAUGAACAGUCAGGGAGGCUGUUGGCUUUGGGAAGUCUGAGCUCGGAUAUUCUGACUACUGAAAAUAAAAUGGAACGAGAUCUUGUGGACAGCACCAUGAAGAGAGCCAAUGAAGGCUUGCAGAAACAAUGUGAAGAGAAGGAAGAGCUUAUAAAAUCUCUGAAGUUUAAAAUACAGAAACUAAAUGAAACUCUCCUAGAAGCUAAUGAAGGCUACAGAAAAAUGGCAGAAGAAAACAGCCAACUGAAGCACACAAUCAUGCUCAAGGAUCAAGAAAUGAAUAGUCUUCAGAACUGGGCUAAACGUGUUCUGGAGCUUGAAGAAACAGUGUCUUCCCUGCAAAAAGAGCUUGAAGAACGGAAAAAGCAUCUCUUUGUGGACCAGUCAAAACAGCAGAAACCCAGGAGAGGUUUGCUGGCUAACCUGAAAUCCACAGUAGCAUCUACUGCUAGUACACCUCUUGGGAAAGGCUGGGGGAAGUAUGAAGAGGCUUCAUCCUAUUCAAGAAAACAGCAAGUACUGCUGCCUCAUAAAGCAAAAGAAUAAUAUUUAAUAAAUCCAAGUGUGCAUUUAUCUCUUUAUUAGUCUUCAACUGUUGUUAGCUCUUUCCCACUCUGAGAUGUCAUCAUCACUGGCAUGCUGACUGACAGAAAAAUGUCUAAUACAGAACUUGUUAAAUUGAAUCAGGGUUGAAUUUAGAGCUAUAAAAGUCUGGGUCUUUUAAAGGCACAAAGACAUGUGCUUUUACUGUUAAUAUAGGGAUGUGAUUUGAGAAAUACAUAUAUUUUAAUUCUGGGGUAACUGCUAUCAUGGUCUUCUGUACUGAUAAAUGUGUGGUUUGUGCAAAGUGGGAUGUCCCUCAUCUGCUGUUCAUUAUGUUUUUGAGUUAUUUUACUUCAUUGCUGAUUCCUAGAAAUCAGAUGGCUUGUAAAUUUAAUCCUAAGUAGUUAAAAUAGCAUGGUUCUUCAGUUAAUAGUCUGGUUUUGACCUGGAGACUCUCUUCUUGGGACCAAACUAAGCAAACUGCUGAAGAAGGCAAUGAAAUGAAAUCUGCUCUGGCUCCUUGCUAUUUCUCAACUAACUUGGAUUUGUAAAGAAAUUUGUUUUAAUAAAAUUUGAAUUUCCACUAGGAAUAUGUAUUAAACUUUGAAAAAUAUAUUUAAUAAAUUUUUCCAUUGCUAAAUUCAGCUCCAACUCUUCAUUUUAUAAAUCAGAAAAACCAAGGUAAGGAAAGAUCAUAAAAUUAGAGCCCAAAUAAUGAUAGUGAUUGAUAUAGGAUGAUUUUGAGUCAAGAGAGUCAUAUCCUUGAUUAUAUUACUUAGCUUUUAUCUGGUAUCUUAAGGAUGGAAGACUGGACCAUGAUAAAAUUUGAAAUAGUUUCCCUAGAGCCCUUUGCAGUCAGUGCAGGUGAGGGUUUUUUAACUGCUGUGGCAGUACAAUGCCUGUACUUGCUGGAGGCUUGCUGUGGAACCUGGAAGUAAAUGGGGUUGAUCACUCCCUGUAAUGGUGUUUCUCACAGUGCAAAGGGACCAAGUUCCAAGCAAGAACCUCACCCUCCCUGGGGGGACAGUAGAUGGUGCAGCCUUCCCGUGUGACAGGAGGACAGCCCUUCUCUGCUGGGACUCCUCUUGACAGGUCCUUGAGGGUUUUGGGUUGGUCUGUGAUCAGGAAUCACUCUGACAUCCAUGUAACAAGGCAGUGGAGGUUGUACUUCAGCCAUUGCUUCGCUUAGGCUUUGAACUGUUUCUGUUAAAUACAGGGCUUUAGUACUUCUGAAGGCCUAUAAUCCCUGCAAGGUAGAAUUUCUAAACUAUUCUACUCCCACAUAAACUACUCCAGCUUUUAAAAAAUAUUUUGGUGUAGUUAUAUGAGACACUGAAUGUUGAUCUCUUGAAUAAGAAAGCUGUUAUGUACAAAUUGCUUUAGAAAAAGCAAUUAAAACAGAAUUUCAAAAAUCAUCAGAACAGGCUAAUACUGGAAAAUUUCCAUAAUACUGUUUCAAACUACCUUGUGCUACACCUUGGCAGCCUGUCUAGCAACUUUGUGUACCACUGCCUAUAGCCUCCUAUUCUCUGAGCAACUGUUCUAUGUUCCCUCAUAGCUCCCAGAGCUCUUUGAUUAGCUACAGGAAGUGGUUUGAAAGACAAAGUUACAUUAUCUUGAGGAGUUUUUUUCCUUCUUGCUUUUUUUUUUUUUUUCUUAAAAUGAAGCCUGUAGUGAACUACUGGCCAGUACUGCACUGUGAAUGUUUUCCCAAGAGUUGCUAAAGCACGGUGAAGUUACUGCAUUUAAAGGCUUUUGAGAAACUGUUUUGGUUGUUCUUCUCUUCAUGCCCUCCAGCACAAUAACAUACCAUAAGAAGGAUGCAAAAUGGUUGAUUUGCUCCUUUUCAGUUUCUCAAAG